UGUGAGGCAGAGAGAGAUAGAGGAAGGAACAGAGAGCUGAUACGUGGAGCUGUACCCUGCUCCGUCAGGCAACAUACGGCAGCCCUGCAGUGCACUGAGACUAUGUGAAUGAGGGAAUGUGAUAGAGAGCAAGAAAGAGAGCAGAAGAGAGAGAGCAAGAGGGACAGGGUAAGAGAAAUCUUGAGGGAUUUGGGAAAGGGGAUGACUGCCUGUUGUGGAUGCAGGAAGGGCACGGUUGAGGCUGCUUUCUGGGCUCGUGAGUAUCCAGCAUCAGGACGUUAUGCCCUGUGAGGGGAGCAGUGUGGGGAGAGUGUGAGCCGAGAGCAGCUUCUUUGUGACAGUACGUGCAUCAGACAGGGGAUGCAGCAAAACUCUGCCCAGAGCACAGGGGCUUCUGGAGCUAGCUGUAUCCACAGCGGGGGAGAGCCAGGUGGGUGGAGGGGGCUUAUCGCAUGGGGAGGGGGCAAACUGAACCAAGGUGGUCCUGUGGAAAUCUCAGCCAAGAGUCAAGAGGCUCACCUGCGCUCUGUUGGAACUGAGCUUGGAUUUACUCGUGUGAGAUAUGAUAAGAAUGUUCUCUGAAUGAGCCAGCCUCCAGAGGAGUGUCUAUAUGCUGGGAAGCACCAGGUUUACCACCAGGAUCUCUGGGAACACCAAGGACAUAGAGCCUCUUUUCACAGGCAAGCAGGUGGGCAGGCGCUGGAGUUUAAUCAAUGGGCUGGUAAUUGAAUUCUGAUUUGAUUCCAUCAGUUUUUCAUCAACAGUCGGGAGCCACAAGGGAGACCUGAGUUUUGAUGUAUGAGAUUGGACUCUCAUUCCGUUUGUGGAGUAAGAAAAUAAUCCUAUAGAGAAUAUCAUGAUCCAGAUUACAUUAAUACCUUACCUUAUCAUGGUUCUACCUUUAUUCAAUGAGCCACGUCAGAGCUCUCAGACAGGUUGUCCACUUAAGCCAUGGGACUGAGACAGAGGUGACCAAGUGCUACAAAGUGUACUCUGUGGAGCUGUAACUUACUGUGGUUUAUCAUACCUUAGCGGAAUAUUAUCUGUUUCAAGGAUGAUGAUUAUGAUGAUGGUUUAACCAGGACAAAGGACACAAUGUGGAAGGUGAUAUCCAGUAAUACUGUAUCAUUUUUGUGUGCCAUUGAAAGUUAUUUUGUUUAGUGCUUCGUGUACUGGAAAUAUUGACACAUUUUUUGGCAUAGGCAAAGUAACAAACACUUUUUUGUAGUCAAGGAUGUACCUACCAAAGGGAUCAAUUUUCAUGUCAGUAAUUAGCUAAACAUUUUUAUGGAAGAUGCCAGAUUGGCUCAGUCAAUUGAACGUGGUUAUCAAUAUUCAAAGGGUCUACAUAUCCAACUCUACCUCUACCCUUGCCUGACAUUGACACUCACAGUAACGACAGUGGGUGUACAGUAUAUCACGGCGGGCUGGUUCCACCACUAUAUCUCCAGUGUAAGAGUAACCGGGCCCCUCCUGCUCUGUGGGAGCUGCCCUCCCCCAGCCUGGACCCUGUCUCCUCUGCCCUGUUGGUGCUCCUGCACUCGGCUGUGCUGGCCGAGGAUGAUGUGGCAAUGCCAUGUCUCGUCCUCGGAGUGCCGCUGCUACCGGCUGAAGGGCUUUUCCCUGCUGAAGCGCUUCCCUCUCUCGGCAGAUGGGGCCUGCAGCAAAGCCCUGGACCAGCCUGUGGGAGAGUGGCUGGAGCAUGUGGGGCUGCCACAGUACGAGAGCAAGCUGCUGCUUAAUGGCUUCGACGACCUACGCUACAUGGGCAGUAACGUGAUGGAGGACAUGGACCUUAGAGAUAUGGGAAUCACUGACCCUGGCCACAGAAAGAAGAUCAUCCGUGCAGCACGCAGCUUGCCCAAGGUGAAAGCCCUGGGCUGUGAUGGCAGCACCUCUCUGUCCACCUGGUUGGAUGUGCUAGGCCUCCAGGAGUACCUGCCUAACUUCCUGUCCAGUGGCUACCGUACCUUGGACUGUGUGAAGAAUCUAUGGGAGCUGGAGAUUGUCAAUGUGUUGAAAAUCAGCCCUCUGGGCCACAGGAAGAGGAUCAUAGCGUCUCUGGCAGAGCGGCCCUAUGAGGAGGCCCCGACCAAAUCACAGAUCUCUCACCGUCUCUCACAGAUCAGGUUUCAGGACCUGUUGUCCCAGACAGGGACCUCUCCUCUGAGUCAGAUGGACCCUUCCACCAGUCGCUCCAUGGAUAUGCUCCUGCCCUUGGGAGAGGCAGGCAGGAGGAGGAGAGCCAUGGACCAGGACUGUAGCGUGUCCCUGCGCUCCUACAGCGAGAGACCCCGCUCCCACGACAGGCAGAGUGACCGACACAGGGAACCCCGUUUGACCCUCCGGCCGCCGAGCCAGUCUGCCACGUACACCACGGUCUCUGCUUGGCAUCACCAGCCUGAGAAACUUAUCUUAGAGUCUUGUGGGUAUGAGGCCAGUUAUAUGGGAUCAAUGAUUAUCAGGGAUCUAAGGGGGAUUGAGUCCACUCAAGAAGCCUGUGCUAAAAUUAGGAAGUCAAAGGACCAUUCGAAAAAGGGUCCUGUUGUCAUCCUCUCCAUCACUUAUAAAGGGGUCAAGUUCAUUGAUGCCGCCACUAAGACAAUAGUAGCCGAGCAUGAGAUCAGGAACAUCUCCUGUGCGGCCCAGGACCCUGAUGACCUCUGCACCUUCGCCUACAUCACCAAGGAUAGUAAGAGUGACCACCACUUCUGCCAUGUCUUCAGCACUGUGGAAGUGACUCAGACCUAUGAGAUCAUCCUGACACUGGGACAGGCAUUUGAGGUGGCCUAUCAGCUGGCUCUCCAGACCAAGGCCAGGCAGUAUGUCCCAGUCCCCCCAUCGUCUCUGGGGUCAGAGGUCAUUGAGACCAAAUCCAGCCGGCCCACGUCACAACAAUGGAGCAGCAUGAGGAGAUCAACAGGUGCCCCUCUGCUAGAAUGCCGCUGCUGUUACUGUCACACGUGUACUACCCACCGCCCCUCCUUCCUCCCGUUGCACUCUGUUAGCCCUGGAGUCCAGAUUGACCCUCUGGAGAUGGACGCAGACAUGCAAUCCCUGGGCAGCGCCACCUGGCUCUUCAACCAGAGAGACUCCAACAAGCGCCCUGUCAGCACCAAGUACGAGACCACCAUAUUCUGAGGCUGGAUCCCCUGCACCGACCUCACCCUGUCCUAGCACCCAGUUUGCCCCCUGACCUCCACCACCCUCUCUCUCUGUCUCAUGAGCCCUGUGCCUUCUCACUGUGAUGGUAGCAUCCCCCUGGGCUGCCCCCUCUCCUUUGCCCUGCCCUGACCUACACAAACCUUGCACUGCUCUGACAUCACACAUCCCUGCAGCCCUCUCUCCUGUCCUGUUCUCACCCCUAGGCAGCCCGUUACCCUACUCCUCCUGACACUGCUGCAGCCGCUGAUGGGGCCCCUUGACUUGUGGAUGGACCUGGAGUGAACCUACAAUGGCCCUGUUCUCUCAACCAAACUGCCUCCUCCUCCUCCUCCCCCCAACUACUCAUCUGCAUCCACCCCUAUUACGUUUAUCAUCAUUGAAGAGAUUGUGGCUUUUUUGUUCUCUUCCUGUCAUGCUAUUCUUUUCCAAGUGACUCCCUUCAGUCGAAACAAUCCUGACUUUUUUUUCUGCUGAGCUACCUGUUGCAUUUUUACCUGACAGUAACAUGAUUUGCAUUGGCUGUACUGCCAAUGUGAACAAGAAAAUUGCAAACCUUCAUAAGUUCCUCUUUUUAUCUAAUACCAAAGGAGUACUGCUCUUGGGCUAUUAUCCACAGAGUUUUGGUCCCAUGCAGAGUGGAAUAAAGAACAUUAUCAUGUCCCAAACUCAGCCUAUCCUUCCAAACAACCUCCUCAGUCAUAAACAAUAUUUUAUCCCCUUCCCAAAGGGAUUAACAAUUUUUCUCAUCUUUUUAAUGCUGUUUAUUUUUGUAUUUCACUUUUUCCCCCUCAGGCAAGUUUAAUAUUUUUCUUUCCCUAUCUGUAGCUUGUCCUGUCUUACCAGGCAUCUACCACUGUGAGGCACUGUGAGGAGACAUAUCUAGCCUGGGAUGCAUGAAGGACAAAAUCUAUAAGACAAAAAACAAUGAACCAACUUUUUUCUAUGCAUUUUUAAUCGUACAAUGAUGGAUCGUCAAGGAAUCUUCCCUUUCCAUUGAUAAUGGAUCAAAAACUGAACCUACAUUUCCUGUGUGAUUCUGUGCACAAAUGGACAGGAAAACUCUUCCAUCGCUCUGCCAAGAACAGUAGUAGCCUUACUUCAAUCUGGCAAUCUAUCAGUUUAAAUCUAAAUGUAAUCAAUUGAGCAUCCUUGCCACCAUCACACAUUCUCCACACUUGCUGACUGCUGCACGCGUCUUUCGUGGUUUAAAAUACUUACAACACUUUUGAGUUGACAACACAUGAACACUUUGGCUGAGCUGCAGUGAAGGUGUUGUAACGGUACAGGUUUGUCCAGAUAAUAAUGUAUAUGAUGCUCUGUAGCUCCGCAAUGUGCAUGGUGCCUCACCAGUCCUUUUAUUACCAAGAGAGACAGUUCGGCUCAUCAGAGAACACUGUGUUAAAACAUGGCACUAUACCCUUUAAAACAUUUUUGUUUGUUUCAAAAUUAUACAGUAUGUAUUUUGUUUAACCAUUAUUAAUAAGGAAUGCUUUUAAAAAAUAACUGGGCUUCCUGAAAUGUAUUUAGUGAGAGAAACCAAGGGAAAUCGUAGCAACACCACAAUGUAUUGCCAUAGUAAAUAAAAAUUCAUGACAAGUUGCCAAAACACCUCAUGAAGGUACAUUUGAUGGCAAUAAUUUAAUUUGCCAAUUCAUUGUGAAAGGUAUAAGAUAUUUCCAAUAACAUUGCUUAAAAAAAAUUAUAUGAGGCAAGGCAGGUUGUGUUGCCGGACUCCUAGCAUCUUGUCAACAUUAUGUGGGUUGCAAUCCAUGCCACUGAUUCAGCAUGAGGUAAAAUGUGUCACUAGAAAAUGAACAACAGUGCCAAGGAUUCAGGCUUACUUAUAGUUUGAACUUUAAAUUUGAGGGAUCCAAAUAUAAUUAGAUAUGGUUUUAUUAUGCAAAUUUACUUUGGGCUGAAAAUAUCUUUGAAACGGCAUUCUUGUUUUUGCUUUCACUGUGACUAAUACUGCAGGUCUACAGGAGCUAUCUGUUGGUUCUAUCUAUUUGUGUUUUGCUCAACCUAUUUUGUGUGCUGUGUUGCCUUGUGUUUGUGUCCUCCUGUGAGGAUGGCCUGUUCUGUCUCUGUCCUCAUUCUGUGUCCCCUGCUGCAGGAUAUGUUAUGUUUAGCCUCUCUCCAAAUGACACAGGAUGGCUGACUGGAGAAUGAGUGUUAAGACUUGACAGUCUCUGUGUGGUACUGUAGUUGUGUCUCAUCGUUGUUCUGUUCUGACUGAUACUGUAGCUACCACUGAUGCAUGUGGCAGUAUUUGUGUUUCGUCCUCUGAUGCACUUGGCCCAUUGAGGUGUACAUAUGUAGCAGUGUCUGUUUAGUUUUUUCUUAUCGUUUGCCUUUUGUUUUACUUUAUCCAUUAUUAUAACACAAAUACAGCACCUCAUCUCAUUUACAUUCUCCAGCAUUGUCAUUUCUCGUGCACUAAGUAUGUUCUUCCCUGUUAUGUGUUGAAAUCAUGAAGACACAUUCAACCUGCUCUGGUUUGGGUGCAUAUAAAUGCCUUACAUUUUAGAGAGCAGAAGCUAUUUUAAGCAGACACAAUGUGGUGGCAUGAUUUGGCUGUGCAUGUUUCUGUCUUUUUUAACACCAGUGUUUUCCUUGUGUAGCUCACUCCAGCGUUCAAGUUUCCGGACACCAAGCUGUGAGUUGAAGUGGAGCAGCCAAUGUGAGUGUCUGCGUGUGUGUAGACUAGAGACAGAGAGACAAACAGAGACGCAUGCAGCGGGUCUAUGAAUGACUGUUUGAUAAGGUCUGCUGCCUUCUACAACCCCACCUGAAUACAAAGUAACAGAUAAAGGAUAACCUUACACUAGCUGUCUGUCUCAACUGGGCAUGGCCUGUCUCUCACUCCUAUCUCGAGAAAGUUCAGUCUGAAAUCUCCUCCCUGGCCUCACACUGACUGUCUUUACCUCCACUCCUUACUUCAUGUAGGUACUGUAAUCUACAGAAUAUAGACAAUGCUGGGUCAGUAAUGACAAUUUUUAUUGAUUUAGGUCUAUUUGAGAUAAUCAUGUUGUUACUGUAAGGAUCUAGGAGAGUCAACGAGAGUACAUUCAUCAAAUGUAGCACUACUGUACCAGCAUAAAGUGCUAUGCCCAUGUAUUUGUGGACAGAGUAUAGUUUGUCAAUGAUUAUGUGAUGUUUAUUUAUUCCAAUUAAAAGCAAAAUAUACUUGAAAUUAAAUAGUACAAUGGAAAAUGUUA